UGAAAGGUUUGUUUUUUUUUAUUUAAUGUGUUCUUAAUAUUUUUAUUGUGAACCUUCUGUUUAAGAAGCGCUGUCUGACAUGAGGCGUUAGAAUAAGGAAUGCUAGUUUGGGCUUCACUAGGAUUGUGCUGUCGCUUUAAGACGGUAUAAGACGGUGUCUGAUUUCUGAACAGCUGGCCGCGUGGGAUCAUUUAUUUGGAUGAUCCAGUUUGAGGUAAUAAGUUUGGAGGUAACAAGUUUGAGGCUCCCUGGAAUUAUGGGGCCCUGUCAAUGUAAUCCACAAAAAUAAAGAAAUUGAAAAAGCCGAAAAGCAGAAAUCGGAACACACAGAUCAAAGAACAGGAAAUUUCCGGUAUAUACGCACUUUGAAAAUGUUGCACAAACUCGACACCUUUCCCAUGUUUAUAAGCUAUAUUUAUUUUAACAAAGUAUAAAAGAUGUACAGCACUAAAAGAAGUAAGAGAGAUUUCAAUUUUUUCCGCUGACUGGCCCAUUUAACGAUGAAGUCCGAAAAAAGGUCUAUCUCUCCCGUUUUCCACCCGUAACAUAGUCUGGUUUGCGAUUUGUGCUACUCCCUUUCCAGUUCUGGAAGGGUACUGUGGUGUGCGCAGAAUUGCUUGGCACAAGUCCUCAUGGAACUACCAUUGGCACGUUGGUUUGGCUUAUUUCAUCGGGCAUGCAUGUAUCUCAACAAAGAACUUAGUUCUUUUUGGCGAUUGCUUUUAUCGAUCACUAAGAAUGUUGCCACGGUUCAUAGCGAUCCGUAAACAAACACUGACAGCACAAGACAGAUCGCGCCAGGUUGUGAUACCCACCGCUAUAGGUCAAGAGGGCACAGGUUCGUGUCUCGGGGUCGAUUAUCCUACGGCUCGGAACCUGGCGAUUUUGGAUUUACGCCAUUGCUUUUAGGCCAGUACGACAGGCGAAAAGUGAUUUAGUUAAAAGGGGUUUUGUAACAAUAAAAAACGACAAAAUACAAGCUUUUGUAAAAAACCCAGCAACAGUUUUUUUGUACUAAAAGAACGGAGAAUACUCCUAAAAAAACUUAUCGGAACGUUAAAGUUCGGGUGCUUACAAAGGAGAACAAAGUGCUAACAAAGGCCAUUUCUGGCUGACUAGCCUUAUUUUUACAACGUAGCUGGAUAAGCAACGGGGGAUGUUUGGGGGUGGAAUUUGAUACUCGGUCCUGUCGCGUGAAACUGGCGCCUUUUAUCACAUACACCGGCCCAGUAGUUAUUAUUAUAACUUAGCUAAUAGUGUCUUCUUUUCAAACAGAAUGAAAUGCGACCUAACGAAAUAUACUGAACAACGAUAGACGCAACGGUAGACGCUUACGAAACACAGACUGCGGCAUUCCAAAUUCGUACAUGUUGUAACAUUCUUCAAAAACGAAACACGAUCAAAAACGAUGCAUUUAAGGGAUCACAAUGUCAAAAUAUUAUCGUGUACCGAUCGUCCGAACCGUCCCCCGUACCAAGGAUUGACUAUCUAUCUACGCGGAAGAUAGUCUACAUACGACCCAGCCGGUCCUAAAGCAAAAAAAAACAACUGUUUCAUCUGAUCCACGAGGCUAACCAUACUAUACUUGCAUACAAGCACGAAUGCCAAAAAAAUAUCCUGCGUUUCGUACCUCCGUCCCUAAACAAUGGACGCACUUCGUUUUUACACUGCUUUUUUCACCGCGUUUUAGCUUUGAUGCUCCUGCGUAGGUUCUGCAGACAACAAGUGCGGUACGCAUGUAUUCAAACAACCAGCAUCCGAUCAAAUGAACAAUUUCAUUAAAUGAAAAUGUUUGCACAAAUUUUCAGUUAAUUUUUAACAUAUAGUACGAAAUCUCAAAGUAAAUGCGUAUAUGAAUUUAACUUUGACACAACCACUAGUAUAAGAUCAUACAACAUUAAGCUAUUGUAGAAUAUUAGCGCCGAUGUAAACCGCUUGCAUAUAACAAAGAUCUAAUUCAAUCCCGAUAGGAAAGAUUAAAAAAAUCGGAUAUUUAAUAAAGUACUGUUUUUGAUACGGUAAAGAUAUAUUGCUUCAAACUUAUGAGUGGACAUAUGGGUGUUGCAAUUUUCGACGGUCACGAAGUAAUGAUGUGCUGUUUUGAAAAUAAAAUUAAUAAUUGUUAAAUAAAAAAAGCAUAGUGCAACAUAAACAAUCCUAAGUAUAAACACGAUAUGUUGUCCCAAAAUUUGAAGACACCCCCAUAGACGAUAGAUAAUAAAAUACCUAUUAUUUUAAGUCUCGUUAUGAUUUUCUGUGGAGAGGAUUGUUCGUUCACAAAACAAACAAAACAAAUGCCUGCUUUCCGGCAGAUACUUUAUUUGUGAGAAAAUCAAUAUAUCACCUAUGAUUGCACCUACAAACGUAAAGCUGCCCAAGAGAAUGAGCAAUGGUGUAUAAACAUAUCAUUGUUACUACAGCAAAACAAAAAAAACAGAUACUAAAUUUUAUUAAACAACUGCUGUUCUAGAGAAACGACCUUGCCUUUGUCAAGUCCACUCAUGAAUACUUCUGAGUGCUUUAUCAAUGUUAUUGCCAUGCAUUCAGAUUAAACUAAUAACCUUCUCUUUCAACUGCCAUAGAUGCGUUUAGGUAGUUGGUCGUAUACUGUCGAUUGGUACUGCGAGGAAAUAGAGCAUUUAAUAACUACUACUUGCCAUUAAAGCACGCAUCAUUCGUGAACAACUUGAUCUAAUUGCAACUAUAAUGAAUGUCCCAAUGGAUAUAUGACCUGUAUCCACAACUAUACUGUUUUUCUAAUUCCGGAAGCAAUCCACAAUAAGAAAAAAAAUAUGUUUAAUAAAGCUAAGAUGUUAAUAUAUUAAAAUAUGCGUACCAAGAAGAUAAAUAAAUGUAUAUCGUUCUAGAAAAGCCACUAUAGCAAAACAACUCACUUGCCGGGUGUAUACUAUUAAAUCACUAUACGUGUUUAACACAACACAUGAUCACUAGUGAGUAGGCUAUUUAAGCCCUAAUGUGUUGCAAAAAUGUUCUUAUCUUGUUGCACUGUGCUUGUAUUUGUUUGCUGCAUCGUACACGAUCCGAUAUGAUCAAAGUUAUGACAGACAGCUACGACGGAGAUCAUCAACUCUCGAUUGCGUGUAUCGGGAACAGUCGGUCAACAUGCCUAACCCCACUGGAUGCCACUUAUUAGUUUGUUAGAUGACCUGUCUGUAACGUAUGGUACAAAAACAAGGAAGUUAAAACAAAGAGAGUGAGGGUGACGGAAGGGCUUGGCAAUGCAUCUCUAACUAUAAGCACAACUGUACAAUAUUUAUCGCAUGAUGUGCACGGCAAUGUUCUUUCAUUAGUCUGAGAAAAGUAGCGCUCAAGUGUACAAGCAUGGCAAGCUAUGGUGUACUGAUAUUAAUGAUCGUUACAUCACUAUGUGUGAUUGUGCAAGGACGCUACAGUCACGUUUCCUGCCAGGUAGUGGAAAACAAAUGGUGCACCGUGCAGCGGUUACGAAUCACAGCCCGAACAGAUGUGCGCGGCUUAGUGUUUCCGGAUGAUCGAUACGAGAAAAUCCGCAUCGGACAGUUCUAUGAUUUCGUCAACACAGACAGCACGAUCGUAAUCUUUUCAGGCGAGUUAUUCUAUCGUAUGCGCCGCGUUCGAUACCUACAGAUGAACGGAGUUCGCAUGGUAGGACUUGAUAUGCCCGACACCGUCAUCGAACUGGAUGUGGCAGACAACUGGCUCUCCCGGGUGUACAUAGACCCAGAAAAGAGCUACACCGUACGAAAACUGAUCAUGCGCAACAAUCUUCUCACCAGUAUUACUAGCUUCAACUAUCUCAACAUGCUGGAGGAGCUAGAUCUCAGUGAAAACAUGCUCCACACGGUGAACUUUGACGUGUUUUCAUUCAUGCCUUACAUCCGACUCAUCAAUCUGGCCCGGAACCGUAUUUUCAGUACUACCGCUGGUAAUGGCGUCAUUUCACUUGGUUUCCUUGAACAAGCAAAUUUAGCAGAAAAUAUGCUAACAAAAUUGGAAGUUGGAGUAUGGCUGUUCCCUGCACUAACGACAUUAAACCUCACCGGAAAUCCUAUUAGACGUUUAUCAUUGUCCAGUCAACAGUCCUUUCCAAGAUUGAAAAACGUUUUAUUAUAGGACAAUUUGCGUUAAUGUGCAACUAUCAACGCGACCCAGUAACACUGAAAUUGGAUUAACAGACUGCUAUAAACUAAAAUAAUAAAAUUUCGUAUAACGUGCAACUAGGAAUUAUUUCCAUAACGCAAUGCUUCGCAAUACAAUCCACCGGGUAUUACAACCACCAGGUAUACAAUACCAUAAAGGUAUUUUCAAUUUUGUUAAAUUGAUAAUAUGAAUUAUGUAAUCGGCACACGAAAACAUGUAUCUUACCAACAUAUACAAUAAAACUAAUUCCACCUCAUGA